CUGCAGUCUUGCAGUGUGUCUUCCGAUAAGGAGUUUGUUUUGAAGGGCCAAAUUCGAGUAGCUGUCCGUGUACGACCUGCUCUUGGCAAAGAACUAGAUGUGCCGAUAAAUCACCUUACUUAUCCCGGAAUAUCUUCCAUAAAGCUGGACCAGGGCAAAGGGUCACAGACUUUCGAGUUCCAGCGUGUGUUCGGUCCGAAUAUGAGCCAAGCGCGUAUAUUCAGCGACGUGGAAGAACUGAUACUGGUUCCAUUGUUUUGUUUAUCUUGUCUUCACGGUUACAACGUCUCCAUCAUAGCCUACGGACAAACCGGUAGUGGUAAAACACACACGAUGAGAGGAGGCGUCGGGCGAGUCAGAAGCAUAUUACCCGCGAGCAUUUUGAACUCUCAAGAGCUUUCGUUCAAUGAAUGUACAAUUGAGGAAAUAUAUGAUUUGCUCGGUGAACGGAAGAAACUGGAAGUUAAGAUCGGAUCGGGUACCACCUCUGUUACCGGCUUGAAAUAUAACGAAAUUAAUGCAUUAGAUGAUAUCGACAACAUUCUUGCCGUGACAGAUUUGACUAGAUCGACAGCAGCUACGAAAUGUAAUGAGCAGUCCAGCAGGAGUCACGCUGUAUUCGAGCUUGAGCGUCUCGUCAUGCAUGUCCUACACCUGGUGGAUCUUGCUGGAUCUGAGCGGGUCAAAGAGUCUGGUGCUGAAGGCGACCGCUUUAAGGAAACGACGCAUAUUAAUGCUGCGUUGUCCAAUCUGCAAAACUGCAUUCGAUCUCAGUUGAAUAAGAACCAGCAUAUCCCCUACCGUAACUCAAAGCUUACAAUGAUUCUUCGCGACAGUCUUGGUGCGGGCAAUUCGAAGACGAUGGUCAUUGUAGCACUGAAUCCCGCUGUGACUCAGAUUGCUGAAACUAAACGUAGUUUGGAAUUUGCACAACAGGUGAGUUAUGAC